AGUUUAGGCGGAUAUUGACUAUGGCCUUUGGACGACAUGUAAUAUGAAACUAACCAAAAGACCUGCGCAUCCUUUUGAAUAAUCGUAGGAAUAAUCUCUUGAAAUAAAAAAACGGAAAAUGGAUCUAUCUAAUCAUGGAAGUUUUGGUUUAAUUUUAAUAAAUUGUGAAUUAUGACAAAAACGGGCCUUUCGCAAGUGCAAGGUUAUUACACUGGGUUGAUAUAUCUAUUUGCUCAAAACUCUGAGAAGAUGUCCUGUAUUCAGAUUUUGGGAGGUAUUAAAGACGAACCAAGGGAGCUGUUGGAGGUUAAGGUAGAAGAAAUUACUGCAGAUGAUAUAGUCGGUAAUGAAUUGAAGGAAACAUACCUAGAACCAGAAAUCUUGAUUACAUCUUCAAUUCAUAUUACUCCAAAGGAAGAAAGUCCUGAGCAAGUAACUGAAGUCAGUUCAAGUGUUGCUGUAGGUGUAACUAAGAAAAACGGAAAGGAGACUCUGUCUGAAAAGUUACUAAUAAAUAAUACUUUUGAUGAUUCCAAAAGAGUUAAAGAAUAUGAAAUGGCUAUGGAUGAAGAGGGCUUCUACAGUUGUUUUUAUUGCCACUACAAACACAAAAAAAGAGCAUACACUAGAGCGCAUGUCCGGAACAUGCAUCGGCCGAAGCAAAAAUGCCCUUUUUGUCCGUACGAGACGAUCGCGAACAAACUCAUGAAGAUCCAUGUGCGGAAACACGAGUAUCCAGAUAAGUGUAAAAGUUGCGACUUCAGGACCUCAUCGAGGCCGCUGAUGAACCAACACGUUUUGGACAAUCACAAAAAGUACAUCUGCGAGAAAUGUCCCGACAAAUGUCGAAGGUGUAAACGCUUGAAACAGACCCGGUGCGAGUUUACAACCUCGAGCUUGCUAAGAUCGCACAUGCGGUAUGUGCAUACCCCGGCAGAGCAGAUCGACUGGUUCUAUUGUGCCAAUUGUGAUAUGAAAGUUAAAAAAAAAUCGGAACUCAUUCCACACAUCAGGGACUUCCACAAUUUCUCGCAGUUGCAUAAGUGCGAUGAUUGCUCCAAAGUAUUUUCUUCACGAACCAGCAUGUUAGGUCAUAAACGGACUAUCCACAGGAAAAAGCUCUUGAAAUGCAACAAAUGCGAUUUCACCGUGUACUCACGGAUUUGCCUAGAAAAUCACAUGAUCCGCCACGGGAACAUAGACGAGAUGGAAGAUCUGAAGUGCAACUUUUGCAGCUAUACCAGCAAGAUGCAAAGUUUGUUAAAAGGUCACAUCAAGAGGAAGCACUGCGAUGGAAAUUCCAGAGUUCAGUGUGAAUAUUGCCCUUACCAGACAAGAAACAAAGCCUUAUUAAAGCUCCACUUGAUCAGUAAGCACGGCACGAAAGACGGGCUUUUCUAUAAGUGCAAACAUUGCGAUUAUCAGACGCACCGAAUGCAUACUUUGAAGAUGCACCAGCUGAAACACAAGAAAGCCGACGAGCUGGAAUAUUUUUAUUGUUAUCACUGCCCGUUUAAGGCGACCCGCAAGGACAAUUUGAAAGUGCACAUUUUCAAGCACGACGCUUUCAAGAAACAGUACAUAUGUUAUAUUUGCAAUUUCGCAGCGAAAUCGAAAUAUCUGCUCGUCAAGCAUAUCGACAAACAUUCACGCGACACCAAGGGCUCCAAAUCGUCGAGAACUAAAUAAAUUGUUUUAUUCUGAUUCAAACUGACCAAAAAAAAAAAAUAUUUCGGCCAAAAUUGAUUCACAAAUAUCUAAAGGGAUGACUCAUCUUUUCACGGCUCCUGUUUUUGUCCUUUUGUUUCCAUCUUGGUCUGUAGCAAAAACCAAAAAAGUCAAAA